GAGGUGAGGAGGAAGCACAUUCGUCUGCACAUGGAAGGCACGCUGACAGCCCGGGACAAGGUCGGGGUGCAGGACUUUGUGCUGUUGGAUGCCUACACCAGCGAAUCUGCCUUUGUGGACAAUCUUCGCAAGCGUUUCAGCAAGAACCUCAUAUAUACAUAUAUUGGGACUCUCCUUGUGUCCGUGAAUCCGUACCAGGAGCUUGGAAUCUACACUCUGAACCAGAUGGAACUUUAUCAAGGAGUCAACUUCUUUGAACUCCCACCACAUAUCUAUGCCAUAGCUGACAACGCUUACCGCGUGAUGUGCUCGGAGCUAAAUAACCACUUCAUCCUCAUCUCCGGGGAAAGUGGGGCAGGGAAAACGGAGGCCUCCAAGAAGAUUCUCCAGUAUUUUGCCGUGACCUGCCCAAUGACCGAGUCGCUACAGAUAGCCCGCGACAGACUGCUGCUCUCCAACCCAGUGCUGGAGGCAUUUGGGAAUGCCAAAACGCUCCGGAAUGACAACUCCAGCAGAUUUGGAAAAUACAUGGACAUACAGUUUGACUUUAAGGGCAUUCCUGUAGGUGGGCAUAUCAUCAGUUACUUGAUAGAAAAGUCUCGAGUUGUCUAUCAAAACCAGGGCGAGCGUAACUUCCACAUCUUCUACCAGCUGCUGGAGGGGGGUGAAGAGGAGCUCCUCGCUUACCUGGGACUUGAGCGGGACCCCCAGCUGUAUAAAUACCUCUCACAGGGUCAAUGCGUCAAAGAGUCGUCCAUCAAUGACAAGAAUGACUGGAAAACAGUUUCCAACGCCUUUUCUGUCAUUGAUUUUACCGAAGAGGACCUUGAGAAUCUCUUUGGAAUUAUUGCCAGUGUCCUCCACCUGGGGAAUAUCUAUUUUAAAGAAGACGACCAAGGCUGUGCCACCAUACCAGACACCCAUGAGAUCAAAUGGAUUGCAAAGCUCCUGGGGGUCCACCCAUCGGUCCUUCUGGAUGCUCUCACCCACAGAAAGAUUGAAGCUAAAACUGAGGAGGUGAUUUGCCCACUGAUGCUAGACCUCUCCAUCUACGCCCGAGAUGCCAUGGCGAAGGCCGUGUAUGAACGAACAUUUACUUGGCUGGUCAACAAGAUCAAUUCCUCUUUAGUUAACAAGGAUUUCACCAGAAAAACAGUGAUUGGGUUGCUGGAUAUCUAUGGAUUUGAAGUCUUCGAUAAGAAUGGAUUUGAACAGUUCUGUAUAAAUUACUGCAAUGAAAAACUUCAGCAACUGUUAAUAGAGAGGACCCUAAAGGCGGAACAGGCAGAAUAUGAAGUGGAAGGUAUAGAGUGGGAGCCAAUUCAAUAUUUCAACAACAAGAUCAUUUGUGACUUGGUAGAAGAACGACACAAAGGCAUCAUUUCCAUUCUGGAUGAAGAAUGUAUUCGGCCUGGUCCUGCUACAGACUUGAGUUUCCUGGAGAAAUUAGAAGAGAAAGUGGGAAAGCACGCACACUUUCAAACCCGUAAGCUGGCGGGUCCAAAGGGCCGCCAGAGGAUUGGCUGGAUGGAGUUCCGCCUCCUCCACUAUGCGGGAGAGGUCACAUACUGCACCAAGGGAUUCUUGGAGAAAAACAAUGACCUACUUUAUAGGCACUUGAAGGAAGUGCUGUGUCAGUCCAAAAACAGCAUUCUAAGGGAAUGUUUCCUCGCAGCCGAGUUAAAAAACCGGAGGAGACCGCCAACGGUGGGGACUCAGUUUAAGAACAGUCUAAGCAGCCUUCUAGAAAUCCUCAUCUCUAAGGAGCCCUGGUACAUCCGCUGCAUCAAGCCCAAUGAUGGGAAAGAACCCAGCAAGUUUGAUGACCUCGUCAUCAGGCAUCAGAUCAAGUACCUGGGGCUGAUGGAGCACCUGCGGGUGAGGCGGGCCGGCUUUGCUUACCGGCGGCAGUACGAGGGUUUCUUGCAAAGAUACAAGUCCCUGUGCCCGGACACCUGGCCGCACUGGCACGGGCCUCCAGCAGAGGGCGUAGAACGGCUGAUCAAGUACAUUGGCUACACACCCGAAGAGUACAAAUUAGGAAAAACCAAAAUAUUUAUUCGUUUCCCCAGGACUCUGUUUGCUACUGAAGAUGCCUUUGAAUUUAGCAAACAUCAAUUAGUUGCGAGAAUCCAAGCCACAUACAAAGGGUGCUUGGAAAGAAGAGCAUACCUGAAAAAGAGACAAGCAGCCAUCAAACUGCAAGCCCACUGGCGUGGAGCCUUGGCUCAGAAGGAGGCCAAAAGGAGAAAGUGGGCCGUGCAGAUGAUAAGAAAGUUCAUUAAGGGAUUCAUCAAUCGCAACAAACCCCUCUCUCCUGAUAAUGAGGACUUCAUAGUGUUUGUGCGGAAGAAUUUCAUCUUGAAUCUUCGGUAUCAUAUUCCAAAGAACGUCUUGGACAAGAGCUGGCUGAGGCCCCCUGGCAUCCCAGAAAAUGCAUCAAAUCUGCUCAGGAAAAUGUGCACAAGGAACCUGGUCCGGAAGUACUGCUGCGGGCUCCCAGCUGAAAGAAUAGCCCAGAUGCAGCAAAAGGUGGUUACAAGCGACAUAUUCAGGGGAAAGAAAGAUGGCUAUGCAGAAAGCUUAAAUCAACCCUUUGCCAACAGCCGGCUAGACGAAGAAGACAUUAAUCCCAAAGUACUUCAACUAAUCAGCAAUGAGAAAAUUCAGUAUGGUGUCCCGGUCAUUAAAUAUGACAGGAAAGGCUUCAAGGCACGGCAGCGGCAACUGAUUCUUACUCAGAAAGCAGCUUACGUGGUGGAACUUGCUAAAAUCAAGCAGAAAAUAGAGUACUCGGCACUCAAAGGUGUCUCUACCAGCAAUCUGAGUGAUGGGAUCUUCGUCAUUCAUAUUUCACCAGGGGACUACAGGCAAAAGGGAGAUGCCAUCUUACAGUCUGAACACAUAUUUGAAGUGGUUACUAAACUUGCCAUGUUGAUUAAAAGGGAGAACGUUGUAAAUGUUGUCCAAGGAAGUUUACAGUUUUAUAUUAGUCCUGCAAAAGAAGGUACAAUAGUUUUCAACACUGGACCAGAAGAACAAAUCUAUAAAGAUAAAAACGGACAGUUAAUAGUGGUGAGUGACUAUUUUGGGGGAGGGAGGCAAUUCAUUGGUUUGAGGUGAGAAUAUGGAUUAAAAUUCUACCAAUUUCAGUUUUAGAGAUUGACUGGAAUCAUAAGCUAGUUCAUUUUUCCCUCUAGUCCUGAAUCUACAUCUGAAAAACAGGAAGGAAUGGGUACCAGAGAUUUAAAUUUUGAAUGAAAGGGGAAGUAGCUUUACCUACCAUCCUUAUUUGGCAAUGAACCAGACAUUAAACCCACCUCAGUUUGACUGUCAAAGCCCCACCAGUGUAAAAUACCAGGCGAUUUUCCAACUUACAUAUGCAGUCUUAAAACUGAACAUCUCCCUUGGAGUCAGAGAGCCUGUCUUCCUGCCUGACUGGCUCAGGCUGAGACACAAACAGGCCUCAGUGAGCCCAUUUCUAAAUCUCACUUAUCUUGUGGGAGGUGGGGCAGGAGAUGGUAUGGGUGCUGGUGUUGGCCUCUCGUGGCUUGUCCACACCCACCCUGACAAUGCUGACAGUUGGGGUACUAGUAACUGCCUCCUUCCUUCUGAGUGAGGUACUAGCCCUGAACCUAAGUGUGGACUCUCCCCAGGUGUCGGUCCAGAUGAAAUCCUGAUAAAGGAGGGUGUCUAACCUCUCCUAUCAUCAUUUUUGCUCCAAUGGAGGCAAGUAUCCAGGAAGCUGGAUUUUGAUCCAUUUAGCCACACUUUCAAGGAAAGGUUCCAGCAGCUCUAGAACAAGGAUCACAUCUGAAGAAACAGACAGUGCCAUCUUGCACCUCUCAGCCAGGAAUGGGCCCGAGCCUAACCCUGGCUUCUCUGCUGCCCUGUGGCACUGUAUUAAAAUGCCACCUCCAGGAAGCCGACCUGAGUUUUACACCUCACCGAGAGAAUCACACGCAAUGGGGACUUCAACAUGUCAUUACACUGUGGGGAACAGAGUCUCUACCUUUGUCCUGAGGCAUAAGGAAAUAUUACGCAUGGCCUGCGAGGAAGUAAAUGAAAUUUCAUAAAGCUGCAAACUACAUUUUGCUUUACACAAAUGAAGCUUAGAAAUGUCAAGGCAUUAGCUAAGUUUCUGAGGGAUUCUUUAGUCCCAGAUGGUGAGUCCCAGCCCCCUUAUUAAAUCAGAGGUACCUGACACCAGCUGAGUCUGUCUGCUCUUUCACAAGCCGGGCAGCAUUUCCAUGACUGCCUUUUAGGCAUUGUUUAAGUUCAAACACUACAGAUAACUGACUCCUCUUUUCCACCCUCAGCAACUUGGAGGUGGUAAAGUAGACAGUAGGCGCUCUACCUUGCUCUCUGUGUUGUAAACUGCACACUUCAGUGGCUGAAUUGUGCUGGGCAUUUCUGAAAAGAUGCGGAAGACAAGUUUAAACAGAAGCAU